CAACAGACCAAAUUAAGUAGAAAGGAAUUUCACUGUCAUCUCCAGAACUUCUCUUCGGGAAAAUCGGCAGGACUUAAAAUGACCAAAAACACCAAUAUUCGAAUCAGUCUCCCAGCAGUCUGCUUUGUCUGGCAGAUUGCUAUGAUUAUCCUGUUUGGUGUGUUCAUCCGUUAUGAUGAGGAGUCUGACACGCACUGGAACGAACACAGAAAAAUGAAAAAUAUUUCCUCACAUAUAGAGAACGACUUUUACUAUAGAUAUCCAAGUUUUCAGGAUGUACAUGUGAUGAUCUUUGUUGGCUUUGGAUUUCUAAUGACCUUUCUGAAGCGUUAUAGUUUUGGUGGAGUUGGUUUUAAUUUUCUCAUCGCAGCUUUUGGAAUUCAGUGGGCUCUCCUGAUGCAAGGCUGGUUUCAUCACCUUGACAAAACUGACUGGAAGAUAAAAAUUGGAGUUGAGAACCUCAUCAAUGCAGAUUUCUGCGUGGCGGGGUGUCUUAUUGCAUAUGGUGCUUGUCUUGGAAAAGUCAGCCCAGUGCAACUGAUGGUUCUUACUCUCUUCGGAGUCACCCUGUUUGCUGUUGAGGAGUAUAUUAUUCUUGAACUUCUACAUGCGAAAGAUGCUGGCGGUUCCAUGGUCAUCCACACUUUUGGAGCAUAUUAUGGUUUGACCAUAUCUUGGGUCUUAUAUCGACCAUUGCUAAAUCAAAGCAAGCAUUUACAAGGAUCUGUUUACCACUCUGAUGUGUUUGCAAUGAUUGGCACUCUCUUUCUUUGGAUGUACUGGCCCAGUUUUAAUUCUGCUAUUGCAGAUCAUGGAGAUGGCCAGCACAGAGCUGUUAUAAAUACCUACCUCGCACUGGCUUCGUCAGUUCUCACUACCUUUGCCAUUUCAAGUAUUUCACAGAAACAUGGAAAGUUUGACAUGGUACAUAUUCAGAAUGCUACCUUGGCUGGUGGUGUUGCAAUGGGAACAGCUUCAGAGUUCAUGAUUACACCUUACGGCUCUCUGAUUGUGGGAUUCUGUUCAGGAAUUAUUUCCACACUUGGAUAUCUCUUUCUGACUCCUUUUAUGGAAAAAACUCUUAAGAUACAAGACACAUGUGGAAUACAUAAUCUACAUGCUAUGCCUGGAGUUAUAGGAGGUAUCGUUGGAGCGAUUACUGCAGCUUGUGCCAGUGAAUCAGUUUAUGGAAAGGAUGGGCUGGUUAACACUUUUGACUUCAAAGAUGCUAACAGGACAGUCAACAUUCAGGGUGGUUACCAGGCAGCAGGUCUUUGUGUAGCGAUUGCAUUUGGCCUUGUAGGUGGAGCUUUGGUUGGUGGGAUACUAAAGCUGCCAAUCUGGGGAGACCCAGCAGAUGCCAACUGCUUUGAUGAUGAUGUUUACUGGGAGGUUCCUGAGGAUGAAGAUGAGACUGUUCCUUCUAGACACUCAAACAUGAACCACGCAAGAGGCAUACCAGAAUAUCAACGAAGUCAUGUAUAAGAAAGAAAAAAGACUCUACUUCCUGAAGAACUUCAGCUCUGAAUGAUGAGUGAAUAACAAUCAUGAAGGCUUUACAGACUGAGACUAGAUAAACUACUCAAUGGAAAUUUUUAAGUCUGUCAUGUGCUGUGGGUUGUACAAUGUCAUAACGCCAAAGCAUCUUGUCUGUAGCACCUGACUAACCAGUGUUGCUACUGCUGCUUCCACAAAAGCAAAUCCAAGCAUGGCAUUUCCUUUUUGAAUUCUUUAUACUCCUGUACAAAUGAUGUGAAACUUCCUUUUCUGUUUGCAAUGUAACUAUCUAUAUUGUUUGGUUUUUAAUACUCCAUUAUUUUUGCAUUAGUAAUAAUAAUAAUAAUAAUAAUAAUAAUAAUAAUAAUAAUUGAGCACUGUAAAGAAACAAGAUCGACUUGACUUUCAACAAGAUUGAUUUGUUUAUGCUAUACAUGAAAAGUUAACUACUCGUGUUAUUUAACCUCCCUAAUAAAGUCAGUUAUUUAUAU